UUCUUUUCUUUCUUUUUUUUUGCCCCAGGUCCAGCAAGACUAUGAACCUCUGUUCCAAAUGCUUUGCUGAUUUUCAAAAGAAACAACCAGACGAUGAUUCCGCUCCAAGUACGAGUAACAGCCAAUCAGAUUUGUUUUCUGAAGAGACCACCAGUGACAACAACAAUACCUCGAUAACCACGCCAACUCUUAGUCCCAGCCAGCAGCCGCUUCCGACAGAACUGAAUGUAACUUCACCAAGUAAAGAGGAGUGUGGGCCAUGCACAGAUACAGCUCAUGUCUCGUUAAUCACCCCAACCAAAAGAUCCUGUGGUACAGAUUCACAGUCUGAGAAUGAAGCUUCACCAGUGAAACGGCCACGACUACUGGAGAAUACUGAACGAUCCGAGGAGACCAGCCGAUCUAAACAGAAAAGUCGACGUCGGUGCUUCCAGUGCCAAACCAAACUGGAGCUGGUGCAGCAGGAACUGGGAUCGUGCCGCUGCGGUUACGUGUUCUGUAUGUUACAUCGCCUCCCCGAGCAGCACGACUGUACGUUUGACCACAUGGGCCAUGGCCGAGAGGAAGCCAUCAUGAAAAUGGUGAAACUGGACCGGAAAGUGGGGCGCUCUUGCCAGCGCAUUGGGGAGGGGUGCUCCUGAAGGCCGGCUUGGCCGCCACGAGACGCUGUUCUUAGUUCACUAAUGUUAGCCUUAUUUAGGACAAAGUCAGCCAGACACCUUGUACUGGGCACACGUCAGACUACAGCCAGUCCGUUUCCUUUCCUUAGCCAGCCAUCCUGGUACUGUAGUUUAGGGGUUGAUGGUGGUUGAAAUUGAUUUCUGGCUGGUUACUAAGGUGCCUGCUAGCCAUUGUAUAAAAUUAAAACAUGAAGAAUAUUUUUUUUUGAGCAUGGCUAGUGGAUUUAAAACAACACAUACCUGUCACUGCUGGAGUCAAACUUAUAAAAAGCCUUAAGCGGAAAGUGUUCCAGAUGGAGACUCUGAGUCAGUAGAGGAGGAGACGCUGGUGUGCAAGUCCCCACGAUGCACGGGCUCUGCUGGAAACUCUGGUUAGUGUUCGGCCUUCACCUCUUCACUUACCCUUAGUCCCUGCAGCCACAAUACCUGAUGGCCGCUCGUGCCAGGGCCACAGGAGGCUGCUGCGAUUGGCCCCGUGGCUGGGCUGGGCGGUGGCCUCAGAGCAGGAAUUGGGGGUGGGGGCAGGUUCUUAAGAAAAUUUUUAACCUGACUUGCUAUGAAAAAACUCUCUCAUUACACGAGAAGAGAAACAAUAACCUCACUUUGAAAAUCAGCUCCACUCAAGACUAGUCCACAAACGAGACCCACCUUUUCUACACAGGACCCCUGGUUCCGAGAAGCAGCUGAGGCCACCCUGACCCCACUGGCUAUGGUUUGCCAUUUGCCACGUGCAGGAUCUGGCUGUUGAUCAAAUAAGGCUCAUCGCAGUACAGCAGCUGUGGCCUGCACACUGGCCUCUGCAGCUAGAUUUCUAUAUUGGGAGUUUUUAAAAGAUGUUUCAUAGCCAACAGGAAUCAAUACAAGUGCUGGGGGCUGCCCACAGCUCUGCCCCUUGCAGCAGGAGUCUGCUCAGCGAUGCCUUGGCCUCACCUCCCGUGUCUGUAGCCCAAGGACAACUAGUCCGCCUCCACCACAUAGCAGGCUUCGUCCGGGGACAGUGUAUGUCACAGGGACAGCCGGUUGGUCUGUCUAGAACAGUGGUUCGCGGCCCAGCUCGAGAGAGUCGCUCACGCGCUAGGGGAGCAAGGAGCCGCGUAGCCGCAGGAGCUCAGGCCGGGUGGGGAGGGGUGGAUCUGGGCCUGCUUACCCGUGUUUGGUGAUGCUCUCCUUUCAGGUGGGGUGGGGUGGGCAGACAGGACUGAGAUUCCCUUGAAGUCUGAGCAGGGCUGAGUGGCCCAGAGCCCCAUCUGAUCCAGGUUGGUGAGGGUGGAGGCUCCUGCAGAGGCACUCUGGAUCUGCCCAUACACAGGCUACUGAAAUAGUUUCACUCAGCAGCUUUCUCUUUUACACCACAGCAAACGUUUGUUCAACUGUCUGCAAAUUAACUGUUAAUACCUGCAACUACAAAAGGUUUUUGACCCAAAAUACUGAAAUAGGAAAUCAUGCUCUUCCCAACCUCCUCUCCCACCCCACCCCCACCAGAGUGGAACCCGCUGCAAAAUCUCCAGCCUUAAUUCUUGCUUCAGGACCCAGACCGGUGUCUUGCUCUAGGGCAGCCCAGGGCAGAGGGGCCAGGUCUGCCCGUGUUUACCACUGUUGUCAAGCCACGGCCCUCUGGCCAGUACCUGGCCAUCCUCAGUGAGGCGGCCCGCCUCGGCACCCCCCCCUCCCCAGCUCUCGUCAUGAAGAGGCCACCACGUGCCCUUCCGGCCCUCCUCAGGCCCCACCAGCUGCUGCUACCAGGCAGUGAUGGGAAGCAGGCUGUCUGG